GGGUUCAACAGGGUCGGUGUGACACCUGGCUGAUCUCACUUCGACGAGGAAGGACAUCAUUACAAACAACCUUAGAGCAUCUCCAAUCGAUAAUUCAACUCUAAAUCUCGAUUCUCUCUUACUAUGUCAUCGACUCAAAGCACGCUUCCUACCGCACGACUAGGAUCUCAAGGUCCCUUGGUACCCCGUCUCGGUCUCGGCCUGAUGGGAAUGAGCGUCUUCUACGGAGCUGCAGGCUCUGACGAGGAUAGGUUCAAGAUUCUCGAUCGGGCCAUCGAGAUCGGCGAGACCUUCUGGGACACUGCCGACAUGUACGGUGAUAACGAAGAGAUGCUCGGACGUUACUUCAAGAGCCGACCUGAUGCCCGUGCCAAAGUAUUCCUGGCGACCAAGUUCUCUUUCAAGAACAACAACACCGAGAACGAUUCGUCUCCCGAGUACAUCAAGUGGGCGAUCGAUCAGAGCUUGAGCAAGCUCGGCUUGAAUUACGUCGAUCUUUACUACUGCCACCGUGUAGACGGCGUCACUCCGAUCGAAAAGACCAUGGAAGCCUUGAAGGAGCUCAAGCAACAAGGCAAGAUCAAGUAUAUCGGGCUGUCCGAGGUAUCGGCAAGGACCCUUUACCGUGCCGUCAAGGUUGAACACGUCGACGCCGUUCAGCUCGAAUACUCGCCGUUCUCGCUCGAGUGCGAACAGGAUGACGAUGAACGGUACGGGGUCAAGAAGGCCUGUGAAGAAUUGGGCGUCGCUUUGGUAGCCUACAGUCCGCUUGGUCGAGGUAUGAUGACCGGUAAAUACAGGUCGCCGAACGACUUGGCGCCGGAUGACGGACGAAGGUGGUUCCCCAGAUUCAGCGAGGAGAACUUCCCCAAGAGUCUCAAGGUGGUCGACAAGUUUACCGAGAUUGCUCAAGCCAAGGGAUGUACGGCCGGUCAACUUACUCUGGCUUGGCUUCUCACGCGAGGAGACAUGGUCUUCGCAAUCCCUGGGACGACCAAAAUCAAGUCUCUGGAGGAGAACGUCGCCACCGGACAGGUUCACCUCGAACAAAACGAGAUCGACCAAUUGCAGACGGUCAUCAAAGCUGCUGAAGUAGGAGGCGACAGGUACCCUCAGGGGGUUGGCGCGAAUCUUUACGCCGAUACUCCGGCUAUGGAGUAGAGUAGGGUCUUGCCGCCUUUUCAGAUCGUUUCUUUUCACAGUAGAUCAGAAUCACACCUGUACUCUCGAGACCAAGAUGAGAUAUGAUGCCCAUAUGCAUAAUAUGCC